CAUGGGAAGAAUUAAACAUAAUACAGAAAAAGAUUCAAGUGGAAAUUCAAAAAAGAGAGGAGAAACACGAAAACGACCCACCCGAGAAUCAAAACAAACUGCCAAAAAAGAUAUGACUCGAGAUAGUAGAAAAGGGAGUAAAGGUUUAAAGAAGUCAGAAAAGCAACUUGAUAAGGAAAAAGUAACAAAAAAAAAGAAAGGGACUAGGCAAUCAAGUCGCCUAAGUAAUAGCUUUUUGAAAAAAGCUAAGAAGAGAGCAUUUGAAGUUUAUGAAUUUUCUGAUGAUUCACUGGUUGAUAGUGGUCUUGGAGAUUCGAUUCAUCAGCCUAAGAAAGGAAUAGCUUCUUCAACUCCAUCUUUAGUUGGACAUAAAACAAAAAUGAGCUUGCCAAAAGUUAGUCCAGUGGCUAGUGCGUCACCUCCGUUAAAGAGAGCGAAGAAAAAUAAAUCUCCUGAAUUCCAUCGCUUCAGCCAGUCAAUCGAAAAAAGAAAAUCAUUCUCAGGAAAACGAAAAAAGAAUCCGAACAAUCAAAAUAGUAAUAGUCAAAACGAAAUGCCAAUUUUAAAUAAUGCUACAAGCGAUAUUGAACAAAACUCGGACAACUUGUUCAGUCACGAUGCUAUUCACUUUCCUCCUGAAAAAGAAGUAAAUAAAGAAGUUACUGCUCAAGCCACAAAGAGACAAGGCGAAUUACUUGAAGAAAUCUGCGAUUCCCAAGUAACGAAUGUGCUUCAAGCUGAUGAAAAUUUAGGGAAUAGGAAAAAAAGAAAACGAAAUUCGUACGUUGGAAUAAAGAAAAGGAAACAAGUAUUGACUGAAGGAAAGAAAACUGAGAAUGAUUCCGAAAAUUUGUUUACAGAAGACUCUUUCCAAAAUACGUCGAAAGCUGAGACUGAUCCUUAUAGCAUGGAAAUUAGGUCUGAUGAUGAGCAUAAAAGUCCAUCAAUUAAGAAACCUAAAAAGCCAGUUAACAACAAAGUUAUUCAAAAAUAUAAGGAACAAGAGGAUAGAAUAAUCGAGGAAAUUAACAGCUUAGACGAAUAUCAACUAGUGAUCGAAUAA